UGUAAAGAUAUUGUUCAUUUUCUGUCACCUUUCAGCUGGCGUCGAUGUAUCAGAAUUCGGCAGAUUUAUCCAAGCACUAUGUAGGAACAUCCGUGGAAGGUUUCAGUGAAGGCAGCGUCAUCGCCUACUAUCUGUCCGAGUUCAACGUACCAGCGAGUCAGGAGGCCACCGUGGACAGCGCCAUAAGUACCAUCAGCAAGAUACGGAGCCGCAUGGCCAAUGACGCCCAGUCGCUGAGCUUCGAUGAGCUGACGUUGUCUGCUGUGGACUCCAGAAUGUUCCAGAAAAAGCUCACCUCCAAACAGAAAUUCACUCUUCACGCCAAGGGCGACACACCCCAAGAGAUAACGUCGCCCGGUUUCCUCAACUCGACCUACCCCUCCAACGCCAUCAUCCUGUGGCAGCUACGAGCCGCCCGGGGUAACGUGAUUAAGCUGAAAUUCGACACCUUCAUGUUGGACGACGACUGUAGCAGCGACUUCGUCAGGGUGUACGACUCGCUCGUGGAGGACGAGAGCUGCCUGUUAGCCGAGAAGUGUGGACACUAUGCCCCCACAGAGCCCGUAAUCUUCUUCUCGUCCGGAAACGUCAUGCUGCUCACGCUGGUCACCAAUGACGAGCACAGCUACCCUGGGUUCAAGGCUUACUUCAGCCAAGUCCCCGCAUCCACACGAGAGUGUGAUGCCGAUCUCCGUGGUUCCAAUGGAAACUUCAGCAGUCCAGAGUACCCUUCCUAUUAUCCACCUUCUGUUGAUUGCCUAUGGAACAUUGAGGUGCCUACUGGUAAAUAUGUCAAAGUGAGGUUUCUGAAGUUCCUCCUGUCAGACCUUGGUUACACUGGCUCUAGUUGUCAGAAGGACUACGUAACGAUCGAUGGGCAGAAGUACUGUGGCGAAAAGAAGGACGUGUUUGUGGUCAUUAACAAGAGCAACAAGAUGAAGGUGUUGUUCCAUUCUGACAAGUCUCUUGUGGACCGAGGGUUCCUUGCUGAAUUCGAGGCCUUCGAACCCACCAACCCCUGUCCUGACACUUUCCGCUGCAAGAACUAUCGGUGCAUCAAGCCGCAGCUGAAAUGCAAUGGCUGGAACGACUGCGGGGACAACAGCGAUGAGAUGAACUGCAUAUGUAACGCGACUCAGAUCAGCUGCAAGAACGGCUUUUGCAAGUCCCCAAUCUGGAAGUGUGAUGGCGUGGAUGACUGUGGCGAUGGCACUGACGAGAUGGGUUGCGGAACGUGUCAGAGCGGGGAGGUGAGCUGCCAGAAUGGGAAAUGCAUCUCGGAGAAGAUGAAAUGUGACGGGCAGGAUAACUGUGGCGAUGGGUCUGACGAGCAAAACUGUGCCAGCGUCUCUGUGGUACCAUGCACAAGCCUUACCUACCAGUGUGCAGACCAGAAAUGCAUCAACAAGGCGAACGCAGAGUGUGACGGUACUCCAGACUGUGAGGAUGGCUCGGAUGAGGCCAACUGCGACUGCGGCAGGCAGCUCUUCAGGACGUCCCGCAUCGUGGGGGGCCAGAACUCCCUGGAAGGGGAGUGGCCGUGGCAGGUGAGCCUGCACAUCAAAAAUCAGGGGCACGUCUGCGGCGCGUCACUAAUCAGCGACACCUGGCUGGUCACGGCCGCACACUGCGUUCAGGACCAAGACUCUAUGCGGCUUUCUCAGCCGGGUACGUGGGAAGUGUACCUUGGCCUGCAUGAUCAGAAUGCAAAAAACAUCGAGAGGGUGGUGAAGAAGUAUCUGAAGAGUGUCAUCCAGCACCCCAACUACAACGAAUACACCUAUGACUUCGACAUUGCACUGAUGCAGCUGGACAGUCCUGUGACCUUCAGCCAGUACAUAAUGCCCAUCUGCCUGCCCAACCCUGCCCAUGACUUCCCAGUGGGGAAGUCCGUCUGGAUCACCGGCUGGGGCAAAACGCAGGAGGACGGAAAAUUAGCUCAGGUGCUCCAGAAGGCUGAGGUGCGGAUUAUCAACAGCACCGUGUGCAACCAGCUGAUGAGCAACCAGAUCACGUCACGCAUGCUGUGUGCCGGCGUGCUGUCAGGGGGCGUGGAUGCAUGUCAGGGCGACUCUGGCGGCCCCCUGGCCAGCCUGGACAUUGGAAGGCGCUACUUCCUGCCAGGAGUGGUGAGCUGGGGAGAUGGUUGUGCUCGCAAGAACAGGCCUGGCAUCUACACGCGGGUCACCCAAUUCCGUGGUUGGAUCAAGGAGAAGACUGGGGUGUAGAUGACCCGGGCGGGGAGCGGGGCAGAACAUGUGACUCAGCCUGCCGCCAUCGUUUGAAGUCUAGAUCCAGGCUUCAAGCCUGGCACUUCAUAGCAGCUGAUGUUCAUCCGCAGACUCUGACAGCUGGUCAUCAUCGCAGCCUCUGUCCCCCUGAGGACUUCACCCCAGCCACAAAUGGAGAGCAGUUACAGGGCCCCCGACCCCAAAAAGUCCCAAAAGGGAAGCACUGCUUCAAAAAGAGAGCAGGACUGCAUUUCUCCCUCCCCCACUAUUCUUUUCCUGUUUUUAAGGUCCUUCCUUCCUUUUUACAGUUGUACAUAUUUUUACUGUGACGUAGCUGCAAUGCAGUCUCUUUUUAAUGUUCUGUUUAAUUUUGUCACAUUGUGAAGGCGAGUCUUUUUGCUGGUGAAGGUGAUAAGCCAUACGUCCUCAGAGUGACGCUCCCUGCCACUUUAUAAGGGACAUAUAUAUACAUAUAUUUUAAUUUGGGUUUUCAAAAAUGUAGUUUCCAUAUAACAGGUGCCUUCCAUACCAUAAAUCUGUUUUGUAAAUCUCGGAUGAUUUUGCACUGUUCAAACUGUAACCCCCAUCAAAAAAUGUCAAUUUUUGGGGAGAAUUCAGUCAUACAGGAGUGUCCUGACUGCAUCUGUGUUGUGUAUGAAUGUGUUUUUUUUUUUUACACUCCAGUUGAUGUUUUAAUUUGAAAUGUGACUAUUUAAUACUGUAAUAAAACCUCGUGCCUCUCUUUA